AUGGGAUCUGUAUCAUUCCAGAUUCUCUCGGACCUACACUUGGAAACUCAAGAUUCAUAUGAUUUCGACUUCGAUGCCAGUGCAUCAAAUCUCGCUCUCCUUGGAGAUGUUGGACAUGUCGCUGAUCCGCGACUGUUCGAGUUCUUAGACCAGAAACUCGAAGUCUAUUCGACCGUGUUUUUUCUCCUAGGAAACCACGAACCAUGGCAUAUGUCGUUCAAACAGGCCAAACAGAAGAUGCGUAUUUUCGAACGAAACAAGAAUUUGAAAUUGAAGACAAAGAGAUUCGUAUUCUUGGAUCAAACCAGACACGAUGUAUCUAAUACCGUGACUGUAUUGGGAUGCACUCUUUUCUCGCACAUCCUCCCACAUCAAGACUUCGUCGUCGAAAGUAUCUUGGUGGACUUUAAAGACAUUGCACGAUGGACAACAGAAGCUCACAAUGACGCCCAUAAGUCAGAUCUACAGUGGCUCAAUACCCAAGUUACCGCGAUUGCCAGGGACGAGCCGGAGAGGCGGAUUGUGAUCUUUACCCAUCAUUGCCCAAGCAUUGAUUCCCGGUGCCAAAAUCCCAGAUUUGCCGGUAAAGCAGAGAUGGAGCCUGAAAAUGAUGUGUCUUCGGGCUUUGCUACGGACCUGAGCAAGGAGGAAUGUUGGACGAACCCUGCAGUUGUGGGUUGGGCGUACGGUCAUACACAUUUCAACUGUGAAUGGCGGGAUAGCAAUGAGAAAAUUGUUGUCUCGAAUCAAAGGGGAUAUAAGAUCAGGCUCUCGGAGAAUUUCGAGCCAGGAAAACGGUUGAUUAUCCAGACACAAUCAAGUGCCACAAACCCAAGAUAG